UCUUCAAAGCACAUUUACAAGUGACUUGAACAAUGCAUCAUCUGCAGCAUUUAGAGAUCGAGUUUCAAUGAUAAAGUCACAGCUUGAACCUGUGUUCCUAAAGGCAUUCCCUUCCUCCUUCUUGUCCUUGGACGUGGUGUCAUUCAGAAGUGGAUCAGUCAUCAAUGACAUGAACCUUCUCUUUGCAAGCACAUCUGUUCCUAAUAAUACUGAGAUUAGGAGGGUUUUGAUCAAUGAUAGUUUAAACGUCACUGGCUUCGACAUUGAAAGGAGCUCAAUCAAAGUGAAUGGCACAACUGCUCAAACAACCGAAGCAACAACGACCCCUGCCCUGACAACGACAGUUACAUCAACGACACCUGCUCCACCAACAACUGCUGCACCAAACACGACUUUGGCCACUCCACCUAUUUACCUUAUCUCAAUCAUUUUGGAAAUUUCUUUUUCAAUUGACCUCACUAACCCCAACAGCAGUCCAUUCAAAGAUCUUGAGCAACGAGUUGUAGCUACGUGUGAGUUCAUAUACAGACCAAGAUUUGUUCAGUUUGACCACUGUAUUGUGACACUGUUCAGGAGUGUUCCAAUUCGAGCCGAUGUAACUGAAGCAGAGUUGCAGGUUGUGUUCAAUCAGACAACUCGCUUUGAAGAACUCCCACAGAACAGUGUCGUUGCUCAAACCUUAGUAGAAGCUCUUGAACCUGUGUUCCUAAAGGCAUUCCCUUCCUCCUUCUUGUCCUUGGACGUGGUGUCAUUCAGAAGUGGAUCAGUCAUCAAUGACAUGAACCUUCUCUUUGCAAGCACAUCUGUUCCUAAUAAUACUGAGAUUAGGAGGGUUUUGAUCAAUGAUAGUUUAAACGUCACUGGCUUCGACAUUGAAAGGAGCUCAAUCAAAGUGAAUGGCACAACUGCUCAAACAACCGAAGCAACAACGACCCCUGCCCUGACAACGACAGUUACAUCAACGACACCUGCUCCACCAACAACUGCUGCACCAAACACGACUUUGGCCACUCCACCUAUUUACCUUAUCUCAAUCAUUUUGGAAAUUUCUUUUUCAAUUGACCUCACUAACCCCAACAGCAGUCCAUUCAAAGAUCUUGAGCAACGAGUUGUAGCUACGUGUGAGUUCAUAUACAGACCAAGAUUUGUUCAGUUUGACCACUGUAUUGUGACACUGUUCAGGAGUGUUCCAAUUCGAGCCGAUGUAACUGAAGCAGAGUUGCAGGUUGUGUUCAAUCAGACAACUCGCUUUGAAGAACUCCCACAGAACAGUGUCGUUGCUCAAACCUUAGUAGAAGCUGUGAGUAAUACCAACAACAGCUUCAAUGUGACCAUAAAUCCCAACAAAGUCAUUCUAAUAGAAGGUCCAGUUCCAUCUACAACUACCACACCUGCAACUACCAUAUCUACUUCUACUGCACCUGCAACUACCACAUCUACUACUACAGCACCUGCAACUACCACAUCUACUACUACAGCACCUGCCACUACCACAUCUACAUCUACCACACCUACAACUGUAGCACUCAUUACAACAAGGCUUGAACCUGCGUUCCAAAGGGCAUUCCCUUCCUCCUUCAGUUCCUUGGACGUGGUGUCAUUCAGGUAA